AGCCAUUUUCCUUCACUUUCACCGGAGGCUACGAAAGAGAGGUCCGUGGUCCGAUGGUGUGACAUCGUGUGGCGCACGCAGUACAAGAAGCAAUCCGGAAUGCGUUCUGUUGGCUUGAGAUUGUAAUGCGCACCAAACACAAUGAUAAACAACUCAUUGGGCAGUCCGUGCUAAAACGCUCUUGUGCAGGGCCGGCCGAUCGGAGAAGACAGACCCGGGAUCCGGGAAAAUUCCCAGUGUGGCCGAAGAACAAUGUGAUUCCUGCUCGCAUCACGAAGCAACCGCGAAUUCUGACGCCACGUAAAUCAUCAUUAUCGACCACCACAAGACAGUAACGGUCCUCCGGCACCAAAUCUAUCGCAACUGAACCGGGUCACGACAAACUAUGCUGCUAUGAAGAGCUUGGCCAAUGGAUUAGCGCUACUCUAUCUUGGUGUGCUGCAGUGCGUGUCAGGAUCGGUGCUGAAAAAUGUGGCGACACUGCAGUCGAGCAGCCCGUUCAUGAACUUCCCGCGCAACUUCUGGCAGGAGAUAUCGGUACCGUACACCGAUCUGCCGACCGAGGAAGACGAGCUGGAGGAUGAGUCGGUGGAAAGCACAACGCACGAUCCGUACCCCUUCUUCGACGACAUCAACAUGACGGCCAACGUGACCACACAGCUGGGCAGCGACGUGACGCUACAUUGCCGCGUAAAUGAUCUUCGAGAACGAACGGUAUCCUGGGUACGUCGGAAGGGCGAUGAGAUCCAUCUGAUCACCGUGGGCCGGCAGACGUACAGUAGCGACUCGCGGUAUUCGCUCCAAUACCAACCACCCAACGAUUGGCAGCUGCAGAUCCAGUACUCGAACGAACGAGACGAGGGCCAUUACGAGUGCCAAGUUUCAUCCCAUCCGCCGUUGGUCUAUCUGGUCUAUCUGAUCGUUGUCGUUCCGCGGGUUGAAAUUAUCGAUGAAAGGGGCCAGGCUACGCUCGACAAGUUCUACAAGGCGGGCAGCACGAUCGAGCUGAAGUGCAUCAUCAGCCGGGUACCGCAACCGACCAGCUACGUCACCUGGAAGCAUGGCAUGCGAAUGCUCAACUACGACACGAGCCGCGGAGGCAUUAGCGUCAAGACGGAUCUACUGCCCGGUGGUGCCAUGAGCCGGCUCUACAUUGCCAACGCCAAUCGGCACGACUCGGGCAACUACACUUGCGCGCUAGCCGAUAUAGCGCAAGCCACCGUAUCAGUGCACGUCCUGAAUGGGGAAAAUCCAGCAGCCAUGCAGCAUGGCACUGCUACGCAGCGUGCUCCCAUGUGUACGGGCACCGUGAUCCUGUUUCUGCUCGCAUCCUUCCUGUUCAACACUUCACGGUGACUGCUGUAGAGCGCUCCAGAAACAGCAGCCUUCCUCAUCAAGCGCCAAUCGCUUUCCAAUCUCCCUCCCACCACCUUUGUAGAAGCACACAUUUCAACCCACUUCCGGGGCUUUUAAGAAAUGAAAACAAAGAAAAAACUGUAUCCCUCUAUCGGUCACUCACCCUACAAAACAAAAUGGAAGAUCCCGCAAACAUAUCAGCCAUCCUCCCAGCGCAGAUUUGCAGAUUGCAGAGAUACUUCUUCCUCCUCCCCUUUCGGUGUCUGGCCGGAACUACUUACUGGACACAGCAUCCUCCCCUCCCCAAAAAUGAUAACGAUGAUCGCUGGUGUUACCGCGGUUGCAUCACUCAACGAUGAUGAACGAUCGCGGGGUGCGGUAGGGGGGCCAUUACGGUUCGCUAAAACCCUUUCUCCAACGACAGCUGCUGUCGAACAAAUGGUUGUACUAGCAUAAUAACGUAAAAUGAAUAUUUAUUUUCUAGAUACUCCUAAAUGUACUCCUAUCUCUAGCUUAAUAAGACACACCAUAUGAUUAUACCAUAUACCAUAUACCGCACGAUACGGGCGUGUAGAUAAUUGAUAUGAACAAAUUUCACGCGUGACAAACACGAACACGAAACAAAACGGAUAUUUAUAUUUUCCUCAAAUUCGACCACAUAAUGGUUCGCAAGGGAGGCAGAAGCGAUAGAGCGAGAGAGGGAGAGAGAGAGAAUAAGGAAGAAAUCGUUGUCGUUGCACCAAAUACUAAAUACUAAUACGGGCGUGUAGCAGAAGGAGGACAAGGUUGUGAUUUAGCCACUUUGAAAUUGAGUGAGAUUUGUGCAAAGAAGAUGUGAGGGCCAUGGGGACAGGGCUAGUAGGUUGUGUGUAGGCCACCAAGGGCAGAUCGUAAGUGGAUGUUAUGUGCGGAAACGAAACGGACAGCAAAAAAAACGUAUAAAACUACAGCAAUAUUUGUACACUCAACCACACGGCGCGGACGUGGCUCGUUCUCUCUCCCUACUUGUCUCUCCGUCGCCGCAUUGUUGCAAAGUACUUGCAUUAGCCGCAGCUUGCAAUCGAGAACAACGAGAGUGAGAACGAGUUCUACCUUAUACUAGCAUAAUAAUAUCAGUCUUCGGUUGUGAUUAGAGUUACAAAGAGAGAUAGAGCGAGAACACGAUUCGGAAGGCAAGAUAACGAAAUGAAAAAAAGGAUUUACAUAUAUUAUAUAUUGAUGUACCAUGCUCGUAAGCGUUUUAUUAGGUAGAAGAAGUCGUUAUGUUGCAGCAAAGGCAACAGAAACCUCCAAACAGCAAACACUCCCCACUCAUUCAUACGACAACGAACGAACCAGAGGUGCAGGGAUCUGCACUAGGCAGCGUGUCGUCUGCAAGUUUAUAAGGCUAUCGAUGCUUCCACUACUGGAAAAGUGGAUCAACGGAAAAGCAUAUCGAACGGCGGAUCGAUUGGUUCUAAAACACACACACACACGAUCAAAUACACGAAUCAAAACUUUCACCGUUUAUUCUUUAUACUCUCUCGCACUUAAAUGCACGCAUCUGCGCCAUCACCACACAAUAACUUAGUAACUUAUAUGUAAAACAAAGCAAGGAAACGCUAACACUAUCUUUCAUUCACCAUUGUUCAACUACUAAAGCCACGCUGUGCUGACCUGAGCCCAACCGCGUGUGCGACAGUCGAGACGGGCCAGCAUGCAACAGCUGAUCUGUACUAUUACUAUUGAUACCAUUCGAUCCUCUCUAAUCACCCUCCCCUCACCCAUUAUUAUCGCUAUCAAUAUUACUACUCGUAAGUGUUGUGCAAGUGAUUCAACUUUAUAAAACGAAGCAAAAAAGGGUAACCCCUUCGUGUACGAGGUAGCACAGGCGGUUCAUUGAAAGAGCCUGAUUAUCAGCGGAAGGAUAGUGGUGCUGAAGGAGUUGGGAGGGAGUAACACCGAUUCCUUUACCCGAAAAAUGAUGUUCGGAGAAGUAUCUCCACGAGCGUACGAUACGUCAACCAAGAAAACACAAUAUGGCGCUUACAAACUGGAAAUUCGAGUGAAAUUUAGCAUGUAAGAACGUAUUUGUUAUCUUUUUUGAACAAGAAGAAGAAUAAGAUGUAUGAGAAACAUUUAAAUAACGUAGUGCCCCACGUGGUGGCAUCUAACUACGAAUAGUCCAUGUUUUCUAAUAGUCCAAAUACAGUGUCUGCGCGACAUACAUACCGCAUAAUGCAAUAGAAGGUUGUACACCCCUCUGGGUCUGGCCAAUAGAACUGUAAGGUAUCAGGUGCUGCAUGUCUCGGUGGACGGCAUAUGUUGUAACGGCUAGGAUAUGCACGGAUAGAUGAAAGAUGGCAUGGAUGCGAGUAGCAGCGAUGUGUGUAGUUCUCGAGAUGGUGAACAUUCGUCCACAUGCCGGUUACUCGGAGCACUAGAAGUGUUUCAACGCAGGCAAGAUAAGGAGCACAAGUAACAUAGUUGAACACAGCACACGCACCUCCUCACAAACGGAUACGACACAAAACACACACAGCAGACAAAAACACACAGUAACUAACCAUUGAGUGAGCCCAUUAGA